GAGGAAAUCCGCAAAUAUGAGUGCAUUUACAAUUUAUCCUCACCGGAUUAUAAAAAUGUAUUUAAAAAAACCCAAAUUUGGGAAGAAGUAGCGAAAAUAGUAAAUUUGCCGGAAGAAAAUUGUAGGAAACGAUGGAAAGGACUACGUGACACGUACAAAAAACGUAAACGUGCGCAGCGACUGGCUUCCGGCAGUGGUGCUCCGAUUCCAUGCAAAACAUGGAAAUAUAUGAACACAUUGAGUUUUUUGGACG